AUGUCGAACCUGGAUCCAUCUGGGUCACAGAUGCUUAGCCGGCGGCCGUCUCGCAGCGCUGCCACCACUACAUUCUCUCUUGAGGUUUUUGAUAAUGAGGUCGUCCCUUCCUCGCUCGGUUCCAUUGCCCCUGUCCUCCGCAUUGCCACUGAAAUCGAACAGGAACGCCCUCGCGUUGCCUAUCUCUGUAGGUUUUAUGCGUUCGAGAAGGCGCAUAGAUUGGAUCCAAAUUCAAGUGGCCGUGGUGUGAGGCAGUUCAAGACAUCUUUGCUGCAAAGAUUGGAGAGGGAUAAUGCGUCCAGUCUUGCCUCUCGGGUUAAGAAGACUGAUGCUCGGGAAAUCGAGAGCUUUUAUCAGCAGUACUAUGAACACUACGUUAGAGCACUUGACCAGGGAGAGCAAGCAGACAGAGCUCAACUUGGAAAAGCCUAUCAGACAGCAGGCGUUCUUUUUGAAGUGCUUUGUGCUGUUAACAAAACAGAGAAAGUUGAAGAAGUUGCACCUGAGAUUAUUGCAGCAGCCAGAGAUGUCCAGGAAAAGAAAGAAAUCUAUGCCCCUUACAACAUCCUCCCCCUCGAUUCUGCUGGGGCUUCACAGUCCAUAAUGCAGCUUGAGGAGGUCAAGGCUGCUGUUGCUGCACUGUGGAACACUCGUGGCUUGAACUGGCCCACUGCAUUUGAGCCGCAAAGGCAGAAAGCUGGAGAUUUAGAUCUUCUUGAUUGGCUGAGAGCCAUAGACAGUGUCAGGAACCAGAGGGAGCAUUUGAUUUUACUUCUUGCGAACAAUCAUAUAAGGCUUAAUCCCAAGCCUGAACCUAUUAGCAAGCUUGACGAUCGAGCUGUUGAUGCAGUUAUGGACAAGCUUUUUAAGAACUACAAAACAUGGUGCAAGUUCUUAGGAAAGAAACAUAGUUUAAGGCUCCCUCAAGGCCAGCAAGAAAUCCAGCAGAGAAAGAUACUGUACAUGGGCCUAUAUCUUCUCAUCUGGGGUGAAGCAGCAAAUGUUCGCUUCAUGCCUGAAUGUCUGUGCUAUAUUUUUCAUAAUAUGGCAUAUGAACUCCAUGGCCUGUUGGCUGGAAAUGUCAGCAUUGUUACUGGAGAAAAUAUUAAGCCUUCUUAUGGUGGAGAUGACGAGGCCUUCCUGAGGAAGGUUAUAACACCACUUUACCAUGUAAUUGAAAAGGAAGCUAGUAAAAGCAAAAAUGGUAAAGCCUCACACUCACAGUGGUGCAAUUAUGAUGAUCUAAAUGAAUAUUUCUGGUCAUCUGACUGCUUUUCUCUUGGUUGGCCUAUGCGUGAUGAUGGGAGUUUUUUUACAUCUACACGUGAUGUGGUGCAGGUACUCCUAGGUUCUGAGGGAUUGUCAAUACUCAACACUGCACUUAAAAUAAUUUACCAGAAUCUGCUUAACAUGAUUUCUAUGUCAGGGGAAAAAGGCUUCUUCAAGAAAAUCCAGAAGCACAGGCAAAGCAUAUUUUGUCGAGACCCGAACCUUUUGGCACAUUUUUCGAAGUUUCGACCGAUUGUGGACCUUUUAUAUACUGGCUCUUCAGGCAAUGGUCAUCAUUGCUUGGAGUGGGGUCUCAAUUUUGAACAUUGUUCGAAAGGAUAUAUUAUAUCAUCUAUCCAGUAUUUUCAUCACUGCAGCCUGUCUUCGCUUGCUCCAGGGUACGAUUUUCCUAGCUCAAUGCUCCUUCUAUCCCAACUUACCAGUAUGCUGGACUUUGUUGUGAACUUCCCAGGGUUCCACAGGUGGAAAUUCACUGAUGUCCUGAGAAAUGUUCUCAAGAUCAUUGUUAGUCUUGCAUGGGCGGUCAUUCUUCCACUAUGUUAUGUGCAUUCCUUCAAUGUGGCUCCUAAUAAAAUCAAAGAUGUCCUGUCAUCCUUUAAAGAAGUGAAGGAAAUUCCUCCAUUAUACAUUCUGGCUGUGGCUGUAUACUUGAUUCCAAAUAUAUUGGCAGCUGCUUUGUUUAUCUUUCCCAUGCUCCGAAGAUGGAUUGAAAACUCAAACUGGCUAAUUAUCAGAUUUCUCUUAUGGUGGUCACAGCCAAGAAUUUAUGUUGGCAGGGGAAUGCAUGAGAGUCAAUUUGCACUUGUAAAGUAUACUCUUUUUUGGGUGUUACUUUUGUGUUCAAAAUUAGCUUUCAGCUAUUUUGUCCAGAUAAAACCUCUUGUGAAGCCAACCAAAGCUAUAAUGGGCAUUCGGAAUGUCUAUUUUAUGGAUACUCAAAUUUGGUAUUCUAUUUUCUCAACCAUAUAUGGUGGCUUUAUUGGGGCCUUUGAUCGCCUAGGAGAGAUUCGAACUCUGGGUAUGCUAAGGUCACGGUUCCAGUCCUUACCUGGUGCAUUUAACACAUAUUUGGUUCCUUCUGAUAAGAAACAGAAGAAGGGCUUCUCUUUUUCAAAGAGAUUUACUGAGGUUACAGCAAGCAAGAGAAGUGAAGCUGCUAAAUUUGCUCAGUUAUGGAAUGAAGUGAUAUGUAGUUUCCGCGAAGAAGAUAUCAUUAGUGACAGGAAAGGCCUCAUACGCAAGACAAAAAUUUCAUUUCUAUCUGUUCCUUCCCCUGUUAAGACUAAAUCUUUGGAGUUCUUUUAUUUCAGGGAGAUGGAUCUCUUGCUAGUUCCAUAUACAUCAGAUCCUAGCCUCAAAUUAAUUCAGUGGCCACCGAUUAUGCUUGCAAGCAAGAUCCCGAUAGCUUUGGACAUGGGAGCACAAUUUCGAUCAAGGGAUGCUGAUCUCUGGAAACGUAUAUGUGCAGAUGAAUACAUGAAAUGUGCUGUCAUUGAAUGCUAUGAAUCCUUUAAACUUGUCCUAAAUGUUUUGGUAGUUGGAGAAAUUGAGAAAAGGAUACUUGGCAUCAUCUUUAAAGAAGUGGAGAGUAAUAUUUCAAAGAACACACUUCUUACAAAUUUCAGAAUGGGUCCCUUACCAGCUUUAUGUGAAAAGUUUGUAGAGCUCGUAGGAGUCUUGAAAGAUGCUGAUCCCUCCAAGCGAGAUACUGUGGUGUUGAUAUUACAGGAUAUGUUAGAAGUAUUUACAAGUGAUAUGAUGGUGAAUGAGAAUCGUGAAUUGGUAGACCUUGGGCAUAGUGGCAAGGAUUCUGGAAGACAAGUUUUUUCUGGUACUGACACAAAACCUGCUAUAAUGUUCCCUCCUGUAGUUACAGCACAGUGGGAAGAACAGAUAAGGCGCCUUCAUCUUCUUCUGACGGUAAAAGAGUCUGCCAUGGAUGUCCCAACAAACCUUGAAGCACGUAGGAGGAUCUCAUUCUUUACCAAUUCAUUGUUUAUGGACAUGCCACGUCCUCCCCGAGUCCGUAAAAUGCUCUCAUUCAGGUCUGAUUUAUUUUCAUAA